UUCAUCGUUUGUACUGGAAAGCAUCAUACAAUAAUUCAGAAAAAUGACUGGCCGUGGUAAAGGAGGAAAAGGACUGGGAAAAGGAGGAGCCAAGCGUCAUCGUAAGGUUCUUCGUGAUAACAUCCAGGGUAUCACAAAGCCCGCCAUCCGUCGUUUGGCUCGUCGUGGAGGAGUGAAGCGUAUUUCCGGUCUUAUUUACGAGGAAACUCGUGGAGUGCUGAAAGUAUUCCUGGAAAACGUAAUCAGAGAUGCUGUUACCUAUACGGAACACGCCAAACGAAAGACCGUUACCGCAAUGGACGUUGUGUACGCUUUGAAACGCCAAGGUCGUACUCUCUACGGAUUUGGAGGUUAAAUUAUAUACUUUUGCGUAGGUUUCAACAAAACGGCCCUUUUCAGGGCCACGAUAUUUUUCCAGUUAAAAGAGUGAUUUGUAACGUUUUUAAAUGAACCACUGUUCAAUUGAUUGAUUGAUUAUUUGAUUUAUUUCAGUCGGCUUUAACCCUUCAGGUCAUUCGCCGUCUAUCGAAAAAUAUUGAUAUUACAAAUGUAUACAAUGUUAUUAC